GUAGCACGGUAACGUUAGCAAGUGACUGCUAUACUGACGGCUUCCGACUUAUCAACCAACAAGUAAAUAUGGCAAUGCUAUAUCGUGGUCUUCACAUACCUUCCCCAAUUCAGGCUUUAACAGAAACUACGCCACUGCCUUGGUUAAUUUCAUUCCGAAGCAAGUUCACCAAAGCACGGAUCCCACAAGAGAUUCUGGACGAGCGGUCUCAAGAGCAUGAGAAGUAUGGUGGAAACCAGGAGCAGCCCCAUAAGCUGCACGUGGUGACGCGGGUCAAGAGCACUAUGCGCCGGCCCUACUGGGAGAAGAAGCUAGUGGAGGGACUCUGCUUGCAGAAGGCAUAUGUACCUGUAAUUCACAAGAACAUCCCUUCAGUCAACAACCAGCUGAAAUUCAUCAAGCAUCUUGUGAGGAUCCAGCCACUGAAGCUUCCCCAUGGUCUCCCUGCUGAGGAAGACAUGGCCAACACCUACCUGAACAGCAAAGGAGAGCUGAUCGUGCGACGCCUCCUCAAACCUGUAGAGUCCAAAGCCAUCGAGUCAUAGCCAGCACUACUCUAUACCCAAGCCAUUUUGUCAGUGAUCCUGUUUGAAUACUGAAAAUGCAUCCUCCCUUCCUCAAAUUAAUCACUGACAUGACUGGAUUGGCUGUGUAGUGGAUCCCGUGCUUUCACCUAUCCAAUCUGUAUAGAACACAAAUGAAUGGUUUUAGUCUAGCCUACCAGAAAUCAGCUGAUUCAAAUUACUGUAUUAGGGAAAUCCCUGUACCUGUGUUCAUUCUAAACCUGGACUGAGAAACACUUCUAUAGCUCACCCCUUUGUAUUAUAUUUCAAAUAAAAACAUAACAUUAA